UAUGAUUCAGGAGGGCGCUCUCUCCGGCUUCGGUUGGAGAACUCUAUGCUCGGCUUUACCCUCAUCUCCACCACAGAUAUUUCGUCCGUCUCUACGAUCGAGUUCGUCACUUAAUGACUUCCGACGGGAAACCAGUUCCUGUAGAAACUGACCGAGUAGCUUCGCCGGGCCUCCCAAGUGGCUCCUCCCCAACCCUUUCCCCUUCCAUUCGUCGGCGAUUGGCGGAACCAAAAUGCGAAGAGCUGCGCGGGGAAGGGACACCGACGAAGAGGAGCCGGAGGAGACAUGAGCAGCACUAAGGACGUGACUUGCAGGUAUUUUAUGCAAGGGGUAUGCAGGGAAGGAAAUAGGUGCCUAUUUUCACAUGACUUAUCCACAAGCAAACCAUCUACUAUCUGCAAAUUCUAUCAGAAAGGACUAUGUGCCUAUGGUGCUCGCUGCAGAUACGAUCAUGUUAGACCUUCAGCAUCAGGUGGUAUGGUGCCUACAAGAAUGCUUUACUCUGCUGCAUCACCAUUGCAGAGCUUUGACUCUCAGUCAGAGCAAACCACGCCCAUAACCAAAAGUAAAGUACAUGAGUCUGGAAAACGUGAGAAGAAAACAAUAGUGCUCAGGGAUAGAGACUUAUGUGGCUCAGGUGAAGAAAAGUCAAGAUCUAACACUGUGAGUGAUUUGGCCUGCUGCAGUGUCCAAAGUGAUAUUUCAGAAACAAAGCCUCAUUCAUAUUUGGAAGCAAUUCGCUGUGGGCUUGAAGAGGAAGUCUCUGAGCCUGAAAGUCUGUAUACUGACGGUGAACAGCUGUGUCCUUAUGCAGCAGCUGGCACAUGCCAAUUUGGUGACCGAUGUCUCUAUCUCCAUGGGCAAGUAUGUGAAAUCUGUGGGUUGCAAGUACUUCACCCUUUUGACCCUGAACAGAGAAAGACUCAUGAGAAGAUGUGCAUGGCUUCCUUUGAACAUGAGAUGGAGAAGGCCUUUGCCUUUCAGGCAAGUCAGGACAAGGUAUGCAAUAUCUGCAUGGAGGUGGUUUAUGAAAAACCAUCAGCAUCUGAGAGAAGAUUUGGAAUCCUUUCUAACUGCAAUCACACAUAUUGUUUGUCCUGUAUCCGGCAAUGGAGGUGUGUCAAGCAGUUUGAGAAUCCUAUUAUAAAGUCCUGCCCAGAAUGUCGUGUGAUAUCUGAGUUUGUCAUUCCCAGUGUGUAUUGGGUAGAAGACCAGACCAAAAAAAAUGAGCUAAUUGAAGCUUUUAAACAAGGAGUUGGGAAAAAGGCCUGCAAGUACUUUGACCAGGGUAAGGGAACCUGCCCAUUUGGCGGGAAAUGUCUAUACCUCCAUGCCUAUCCAGAUGGAAGAAGGGCUGAACCUGAGAAACCACGGAAACAGCUUAGUUCAGAGGGGACUGUCCGGUUCCUCAAUUCUGUUAGACUGUGGGAUUUUAUCGAGGACCGAGAAAGUAGGACGUUGCCAGUUACAGAUGAUGUGAAUGAGCUUGGAGAACUUUUCAUGCAUCUAUCUGGAACAGAUGCUGAAUCUGCUGCACCUCCCUGAAGCACAUAAUCUCUAUGUUGUUUCCCAUAUCACUCCUUCUGUUCCUUAGAUAGCUUUAUACUUUUUACCACAAUAUUAGAAUUAUUGUGCCAUGAGUCUUAUUGAGGCCCUGGUAAAAUUCUAGUACAACACUGUUAUUGUAGAGUAAAACUGUUGAAGUACAAUAAAUGUGAGUGCUUUGGAUAAAGGGGGAGAUGUAGUCAAACGGGGAAAGAGAGGAGUUUCCACUGACUCAGGAUAGGAUGUUCAGUACUCCUGUUACUAAUGAUGAUCAACUAUCUCUCAAUGCUAGAUCCAACACUACAUGUAUUUUUUUUUGCAAAUAUCCCUGAACACGUUUAUGAUACACAUAUAUAAAUACAGAUGCUGCCACCACUACUACCCUGUUACAUAGGAAGGUGAGGAAGCUGCAUGUCUCCACUGUCUACUAGAAAUUUUUGGUAGGGAUAUUAGAAACAAUUUGCAAGCAAACUGGCUCUUAUUUUCUGGUGAAAGAGCCAGCACCCUCCCUUUGAAGAGGUAAAGAUUGGGGCUUGAGUAAAAUUGGGGACAGUUGGCACUUUACAAAUUGUUUUGAAUCAAGUGCUAAUUCCAGGGUCCAACUCAAAAUGGUUUGAACUUUUAGAGCAGGGGAUGUAGACUUUUCAGGUGCCUCAGUCUGACAUCGUUUCAGAUUUUUUUAAAAAAAAUCACUGCUUUCAGAACAUUCAGGAAGAGGCAGGUAUUCAUAGACUCACAGGAUUGGAAGGGACCUCUAGGGUCCAACCCCCUGCACAGUGCAGGAAAUUCACAACUACCUGCCCUACCCACACCCCCAGUGGCCCUGCUAAAAACACCAUCAGGAUCCCUACCUUAACUGGCCUGGGGAAAAUUGCUACCUGAGCCCAAGGGGGUGAAUUAUAAGACAUUAUCCUGGGGCACAUGAUAUGAACUUGUCCUCACUGUUGUUCAGUCUCACAUUAAACAUUUUUCAAAUUAAAACUUAAUGAUCUAGUUUUGAUCAAAUGUGAUAGUAAACACAAGCAAAUGAGGGUAAGGCUACUAGGCAUUUUAGAA